CCCAGCGCUUCUUCGAUCAGAUGGUCACCGACCUCCCUUUCUUCCUCACUCUCGAGCCGACUGAUCGUUCCCCGGCGUCUCGCCGCCACCGCUCCUCUGCACAUUUCGAUGUGAUGGAGACGGGGUACGACUUCAUUCUCGGCACUCCGUGGUCUCGUCGGUUCCGCAGCACCGAGGCCGAUUGGGCGACCAACACUCUCGUUCUCAAGACGAAGUGUGGAAAGACGUAUCGCGUACCUUUCAUAGGUACCACUGCGACACCACGCCCCGAUCCUCCUCCCCCGGAGCCUUCCGUGCCCACACCAUCUCCUUCCAUCACUGUCACCUCGCCUCCGCAGUUCGCCCACUUCAUCCGACAGGACGACGUCACCUUCUUUAUGGUGGACGUGACGGAUCUCUUACACUAUGAUCCACCCUGUCCCGACGCCGAUCUCAUCCCUCUGGAGCCAGAUCCUCCUUCUGUCUCCAUGGCUCCCAUCUCUACUUCCGUCCCUCCGUCGUCCGUCGAGUCCAACCCGCCGCCGCGCGCUGACGCUGACGCUGAGGAACUUGCACGAUAUACGGCUGACCUGGAGCCCGCAGUUCGUGACCUCAUCCGAGAGUACCACGGCAUUUUCCCAUCGUCGUUCUCGUACGCCGGCAUCCCACCGAUGCGUGACGUCGAGCACUCCAUUCAACUUGUGCCUGACUACCGUGUUCACCACCAGGCACCCUACAGACUCUCGAUCCCCGAGACCACCGAACUCAAGUGUCAGCUUGAGGAGCUCCUGAGACUGGGUUUCAUUAAACCCAGCAACUCCCCGUGGGGUGCACCCAUCCUCUUUGCUCGCAAAGCGGAUGGAACUCUCCGUCUUUGCAUCGACUAUCGCGGUCUCAACCGCUACACGGUUAAGAACAGCUACCCCAUACCUCGUUCCGAUGAGCUGUUCGACCGCCUAGCAGGCAACCGCUUCUUUACAAAGAUUGAUCUUCGUAGCGGUUACCAUCAGAUCCGCGUCGCUGCAGCUGACCAACCGAAGACCGCGUUCCGAUCGCGCUUCGGCCACUACGAGUUUACGCUACGUGUCCGAGCAGUAGCAGAGUUCCAUGACCAGGCAGCCGCCGGUCAUAUGGGCUUCCGCAAGACGUUGGCUCGUGUGAGSCGCCUGUACGUCUGGCCRAAGCGCAAGGACUUUGUGAAGGACUACGUCGCAGASUGUCCCACCUGUSAGGAGGUGAACAGUGCGAACCACCUACCUUAUGGUUUGCUCCAGCCUCUUCCUAUCCCUGAGGGUCGUUGGCAGUCCAUCUCGAUGGAUUUUAUCGGUCCUCUUCGUCCUCCGACCCCCCGCGGUCAUGAUGCUAUCCUAGUCGUCAUCGACCGCUUCACGAAGCGUGCACGCUUUGUUCCGUGCUGCUAUGCCAUCAAUGCACGUGAGGUCGCCAACAUCGUGUUCGACCGAGUCGUGCGUGACCACGGCUUACCUUUGAGCAUCAUAUGUGACCGUGACCCACGCUUUACCAGCCCAUUCUGGCGACGGCUCCACGAGGUGUACGGCACUCAACUCCGCUUCUCCUCGUCUUACCAUCCUCAGACUGAUGGUCAGACCGAGAUCACGAACAGGACUGUCGGAGAUAUUCUCUGAAAGAUUGUUCGUUACGACCAGCAGUGGGAUCUUCAUCUUGCCCACGCGGAGAUAGCCUACAACCACGCCGUCUC